CAAUAACAACGCCACACCGGUCAUUUCGGCAACUUUGUCAUUCUAAAAAUAAAAUAAAUAAUAUUAAUUCUAUUUUGUGUGCUGUUACUCGGUCUUUAAGUUCAAAUGUUCUCGCUUCUACAUAAAGAAGAAACUGCCCACGAAGAUGGUAUAUGGUCAUGUAGUUGGGGAAAAACACAACCAGAGAAAUCAGCUGCAGAUGAAUCGUCGACAGAAAAAGAUCCCGAUGCUAGCAGGGAUUCUAUGAUUGGCAACAAUAAAUCUAAGGAACCAGUUGAUUUCAUUGUCACAGGUGGAUUAGAUGAUCUGGUAAAAGUAUGGGACAUACGUGAGGAUAACACAUUAAAAUUGCGACAUCAACUGAAGGGGCACGCUUUAGGUGUGGUUUCGGUUGCUGUGAGCUCGGAUGGAAAGACAAUUGCCAGCAGUUCUUUGGACUCCAGUCUGUGUUUUUGGGAUGCUGAAAGCGGCCAGAGACAACAUUUACUCUCUUUUGGUCCCGUUGAUUUAUGGACGGUGGCAUUUUCGCCAUGCGACAAGUAUGUAAUUUCAGGCUCUAAUGAAGGCAAAAUUUCCAUGUAUAACGUGGAAAGUGGCAAACAAGAGCAAAUAUUGGAUCCUCAAAAUGGAAAGUUCACAUUAAGUAUAGCCUAUAGUCCAGAUGGUAAAUACAUUGCAAGUGGUGCUAUAGAUGGUAUUAUUACAAUAUUCGAUGUUGCUGCCGGCAAAGUAGCCCAAACACUGGAAGGUCAUGCCAUGCCUGUGCGCAGUUUAUGUUUCUCACCCAACUCUCAAAUGCUGCUGACAGCUUCCGAUGAUGGUCACAUGAAACUUUAUGAUGUAGCUCAUACUGAUGUUGCUGGUACUUUAUCGGGACAUGCUUCAUGGGUGUUGUGUGUCUCAUUUUCUGAAGAUGGUAAACAUUUUGCUUCAUCAUCCAGCGAUACCACUGUCAAGAUAUGGGAUUUUGCGGAAAGGAAAUGCAUGCAUACAUUCUCCGAUCAUAGCGAUCAAGCGUGGGGAGUAAAGUAUAGUCUUUCGAAUGACAAAGUUGUCUCGGUGUCUGAAGACAAGUCACUCAAUCUCUAUAAUUGUCCCCCAAAUGUAGUUGUAUAAAGAAGAUUGCAAUAAAAAUAAUAAAUAUAACAUAAA